GGCCGGCCGCUGGGCGCUCCGAGCUCCCAGCCCCGAGUUGUGCAAUCCUUUGUAGCACGCCAGAGAGUCCUCCUCCUUCGCUGUUGCCUCUCGCCCUCUCUCUCUCUUUUUUUCAAGCUGUGAGCUCAACCGAUGAGUCAGAGCAGUGCAAUCCUGACACUGCAUCGCAGGACUGGGGGUGACACGGAGGGAGGGAGAGCGAUCGCGCGGCGAACACCACAGGCGCGGGGUGCGCCGAAUAUCCUGCUCCGCGAGCGAGGGGUGACAGCCCGCGCGUCCCUCUCGGUCCCUGCUAGCAAACUUCCCAGCCUCGCGAGGCGCAGGCUGGCGGAAGCCCUGCGAGCGCCGCGGGCAGGCGGAGGCGCCUGUUUGUUUUUAAAAUCGAGGAGUGCGUGCAGGCGGCUGGAGUCUGGGAGGCGACUGAAGGCGGCGGCCCGCGGCGGAAGGGGGACAGCCGAUGCCGGAGCUCGGGCAGGAGUGGGUGUGCACGGGACAGUGGACAUGGAAACUGCGUCUGCGCCGGGAGUUUGUGUGACAGAGGUGCAGGGGAGGCAGGGAACUGGGGCAAGUGCAGUAGAGGCCUAAGCUGGAGCGUUUAGGGCGAGCGGGCCGGCCUCACCCCGCGCACCCGGAGCUGCUGGCGCACCUCAGACCUGUCAUCCUGCCCGCCCGCCCCCGCACGUCCGAGCCGCUGCGGCCUGCUCAGCUCUCCCCGCCGCUGCACCGUAUGCUGUGUUUGGUGGUGCCUGUCCGGAACUCGGAGCCCGGGUUUUGUCUGGAUUCUGCAUAUGGCCGGCUUGGUGGAGACUCCAGGGCCUUGUGAGCAUCAUGAACUUGGAAGUGUAGACGAGCCCGAGAGCCUUCUGUGAAGAGGAAGGAAGAGCCAGCAGUUCUUUCUCCCUGUGCCUGACCGCAUCAUCCAGCAUUUUCCUCUGCCCCUGCUCUGCCCCCACUGGCUCCUGGACUAGGGCCAGGCUUCCAGCAGGACCUGCCCCCAGGGGAUGGGCGACUGGUGAAGUAGGUCUCACUGCCGGGGCCACACCAUGAACCUCCAGGCCCAGCCCAAGGCUCAGAACAGGCGAAAGCGUUGCCUCUUUGGGGACCAGGAACAAGCUGCCAAGGAGCAGCCCCCACCCCUGCAGGCCCCACAGCAGCCCCCGGCCCCUCCACAGUCCACCAGGGUCAAGGAGGAGCCUUACUUUGGGCACGAGGGUCCGGCAGGGGUCGCCCCUGCCUCCCAGCCUGUAGAACUGCCCCCUCCCAACAGCCUGGCCCUGCUGAACUCUGUGGUGUAUGGGUCUGAGCGGACCACGGCUGCCAUGUUGUCCCAGCAGGUGGGCUCAGUCAAGUGGCCCAACUCUGUGAUGGCUCCAGGGCGGGGCCCAGAGCGUGGAGUGGGUGGGGGGGUCAGUGACAGCAGCUGGCAGCAACAGCCCGGCCAGCCUCCACCCCACUCAACGUGGAACCGCCACAACCUACCCCUCUAUAGCGGACCCAAGGGGAGCCCUCAUCCUGGCAUGGGGGUCUCUCCCUACUAUAACCACCCUGAGGCACUGAAGCGGGAGAAAGGAGGGGGGCCGCAGCUGGACCGCUAUGGAAAUGCAGUGCGGCCAAUGAUGCCACAGAAGGUGCAGCUGGAGGUGGGGCGGCCCCAGGCGCCCCUGAACUCUUUCCACGUGGCCAAGAAGCCCCCAAACCAGACGCUGCCCCUGCAACCCUUCCAGCUGGCAUUCGGCCACCAGGUGAACCGGCAGGUCUUCCGGCAGGGCCCACCGCCCCCCAACCCUGUUGCUGCCUUCCCACCACAGAAGCAGCAGCAGCAGCAGCAACAGGCAGCCCUGCCCCAGAUGCAGCUCUUUGAGAACUUCUACCCCAUGCAGCAGCCGCCGUCUCAGCAGCCCCAGGACUUUGGCCUACAGCCAGCCGGGCCUCUGGGGCAGUCCCACCUGGCUCACCACAGCAUGGCACCGUACCCCUUCCCCCCCAACCCCGAUAUGAACCCAGAGCUGCGCAAGGCCCUCCUGCAGGAGUCAGCCCCGCAGCCUGUGCUACCUCAGGCCCAGAUCGCCUUCCCCCGCCGCUCCCGCCGCCUCUCUAAGGAGGGCGUCCUGCCUUCCACCGCCCUGGAUGGGGCUGGCACCCAACCUGGGCAGGAGCCGGCCAGCAACUUGUUCCUACAUCACUGGCCCCCGCAGCAGCCACUACCCGGCCCCCUGGGGCAGCCCCAUCCCGAAGCUCUGGGAUUCCCCCUGGAGCUGAGGGAGUCGCAGUUGCUGCCCGACGGGGAGAGACUGGCACCCAAUGGUCGAGAGGCUUCUGCCAUGAGCAACGAGGAAAGCGUGCGGGCGGUUGGCACGGGGGACUGUGGGCAGGUGCUACGGGGUGGGGUGAUCCAGAGCACACGACGGAGGCGCCGGGCAUCCCAGGAGGCCAAUUUGCUGACCCUGGCCCAGAAGGCGGUGGAGCUGGCCUCACUGCAGAACGCAAAGGAUGCCAGUGGCUCUGAGGAGAAGCGGAAAAGUGUACUGGCUUCAACUACCAAGUGUGGAGUGGAGUUUUCUGAGCCUUCCUUAGCUGCCAAGCGAGCACGAGAGGACAGCGGGAUGGUACCCCUCAUCAUCCCAGUGUCUGUGCCUGUGCGGACUGUGGACCCAACCGAGGCGGCCCAAGCUGGAGGUGUUGACGAGGACGGGAAGGGCUCUGAGCAGAACCCCGCUGAACACAAGCCAUCGGUCAUCGUCACCCGCAGGCGGUCCACCCGUAUCCCCGGGACUGAUGCCACAGCUCAGGCUGAGGACAUGAGCGUCAAGUUGGAGGGGGAACCUUCGGUGCGGAAACCAAAGCAGCGGCCAAGGCCUGAGCCCCUGAUCAUCCCCACCAAGGCGGGCACCUUCAUCGCCCCUCCUGUCUACUCCAACAUCACCCCAUACCAGAGCCACCUGCGCUCUCCCGUCCGGCUGGCUGACCACCCCUCUGAGCGGAGCUUUGAGCUACCACCCUACACACCACCCCCCAUCCUCAGCCCCGUGCGGGAAGGCUCUGGCCUCUAUUUCAAUGCCAUCAUGUCAACCAGCAGCAUCCCAGCCCCUCCUCCCAUCACGCCAAAGAGUGCCCAUCGCACCCUCCUUCGGUCUAAUAGCGCUGAAGUCACCCCGCCUGUUCUCUCUGUGUUGGGGGAGGCCACCCCAGUGAGCAUCGAGCCACGGAUCAAUGUGGGCUCCCGGUUCCAGGCGGAAAUCCCCUCAAUGAGGGACCGUGCCCUGGCAGCUGCAGACCCCCACAAGGCCGACUUGGUGUGGCAGCCAUGGGAAGAUCUAGAGAGCAGCCGGGAGAAGCAGAGGCAAGUGGAAGACCUGCUGACAGCUGCCUGCUCCAGCAUUUUCCCUGGAGCUGGCACCAACCAGGAGCUGGCCCUGCACUACCUGCAUGAGUCCAGGGGAGACAUCCUGGAAACGCUGAAUAAGCUGCUACUGAAGAAGCCCGUGCGGCCCCACAACCACCCACUGGCAACUUAUCACUACACAGGCUCCGACCAGUGGAAGAUGGCUGAGAAGAAGCUGUUCAACAAGGGCAUUGCCAUCUACAAGAAGGAUUUCUUCCUGGUGCAGAAGCUGAUCCAGACCAAGACCGUGGCCCAGUGUGUGGAGUUCUACUACACCUACAAGAAGCAGGUGAAAAUUGGCCGCAAUGGGACGCUAACCUUCGGGGAUGUGGAUAUAAGUGAUGAGAAGUCGGCCCAGGAGGAGGUUGAAGUGGAUAUUAAGACGUCCCAGAAGUUCCCAAGGGUGCCUCCUCCCAGAAGAGAGUCCCCAAGUGAAGAGAGGCUGGAGCCCAAGAGGGAAGUAAAGGAGACCAGGAAGGAGGGGGAGGAGGAGGUGCCAGAGAUCCAGGAGAAGGGGGAGCAGGAAGAGGGGCGAGAGCGAAGCCGAAGGGCAGCGGCUGUCAAAGCCACACAGACACUACAGGCCAAUGAGUCGGCCAAUGACAUCCUCAUCCUCCGAAGCCACGAGUCCAACGCCCCUGGAUCUGCUGGUGGCCAGGCCUUGGAGAAGCCAAGGGAGGGGGCAGGGAAAUCACGAAGGGCACUACCUUUUUCGGAGAAGAAGAAAAAAGCAGAGACAUUUAAUAAGACCCAGAAUCAGGAGAACACUUUCCCUUGUAAAAAAUGUGGCAGGGUGUUUUACAAGGUGAAGAGCCGCAGCGCGCACAUGAAGAGCCACGCGGAGCAGGAGAAGAAGGCGGCUGCGCUGAGGCUGAAGGAGAAAGAGGCCGCGGCUGCCGCGGCUACUGCGGCCGCCGCCUCUGCGCACCAGCCGGCCCUGCGGGAGGAGAGCGCGGGCGAGAGGGGCUGAGGCCUAGGGCUCGGCGGCCGGGGAGCCAGGGCGGGCCCCUGCCCCGGGCUCCCGGCCCUCCCUGCACCAGCUGCCAAAGCGCCUGCAAGCACCCCGCCACCUCCAGAGGGAGAGAGGAGAGAUCCCCUGGACUUUUCUCUGAAAAACGAAUAAGACAAUAAAAUAAACGGCUCUUUUAUUUAUAAAGGCCCCAGGAGCAGUGUUAAGGGCUGCAGGAUCCAGUUCCUCUUUGCAUUCAGUCUGUCAGGAGUCGUCCUUAUGCUUUCCUGGAACUGGGACAGUCCCUGCUCGCGGGGCUGCCCCUCUGGAGGGGCUCUAGCCGCUGCCACCGCUGCCUCUCACAGUGGGACCUCUGCUGCCGCGCAGUCUCUUCGUUUCCUCUUUGUUCUUCCUGCGCCCCUCGGUCGCCAUGGAGAGCCAAGCACAAGCUCACCGCUCUGCCCGCCUCUUGCAGCAUUAUUCCCCCUCCCCAGAGGACCUCGAAGGCUGCACAGGCCCUGCCCCAUGCCCCGGAAAAAGACUCCCUUCGAGGGAGUGUGGUGGCCGUCUCUGAGAGGGAGCUCUGCCUGGCAGGCGUGCUGUCCCCUGCACGAUAAUGUCCAGGCCUAAGCUGCUCCAGUGACCCUGUCCUCAGAGAAACCACCUCUCCCCUGGGAAGGAGGCUAUGAGAAUGCCUGGAGGGAGAAAGACUGAGGACAGGUGCCUGUCCCUUUGCUGCUUGCUAGCAGCCUGCUGGGGCUAGAAAGUUUUCUUAGCUGUUUGGGGAAGGCGCCAGUGUUGCGGUCCAAGCUCUCAGCCUGCUGGAGGGAAGGGAGCUGUGCAGAGGAUGGAAGCUGCAGGGCUAGGCCUGAGGGAGCCUUUGAUAAGCUGUGGCUUUUCCUGCUUCCCACCUUUUUACCAAAUACCUUUGGGCCCUGGAGGCUGCUAAGGGAGCUUAGCCCAGGCCCAGCCUGCUCCUCCUUGGUGCAAGUUCCCUUCCUGCCUCUGUCCUGCCCUUGGCAGCUGCCACCUAACCCUACUUCACCUGGUCUAGUGCUGACAUCCACAGCCUAGCCCCCAGUCCUGCAUGCUGGAGAUUUCUGGAUCCUUCCCUGGGAGGGGAAGGUCUCCUAACCAGAUUGGACAGGAGCCUUCAUUCCUUGACUUAUGUCAUUUGGGAGCUAUUUAUUUAUUCUUAAUAUUUAAUUUUUAACAUCCUCUCAGGGACCAGGGGCUUCCUGCUUUCCAGAGGCCCAAGUGCAUUUAUCCCAAAACAAGGCACCUUCUUGGCAUCUGCCCCAUCCCCCCAUUCCCAAGACUCUAAGGUCCCUCGCCUCCUUGCUGUGGAAACUGGUCAAUAGGAAUGAUAGUAGCACUGAAAGAGGGUGGAAAGGUGGAAGGUGUCACCAAAGCCGCACAGAGACUGGCAGGAACAAGGGAGAGCAAAGACAGUUCUUGUUGCUACCUCUUCUCUGGCUGUACUUUCAAAUUGCCUGAGGGGAUUGGCUGGAAGCCAGGAUUCUGGUUUUGUUUCUGUCUUGAAGAAGCCAUAUUUGGCAUGGAGUCACUGAAGUGAAAGGGCUGGAAGGUUCUGGAGGCCCCUUCACUUGCCAGUCUCAUAGGAGGGCUGUUAUUGUUUUGCUCUGUUGUGUAAGUUCUAAGUGAAUGCAAGUAUAUGACAGGUGAGCAUGUUAGGAAGGAGCCAAAAAGUAUUCCUUCUGCUGCUCCCUAUGAGAUAGUCUAAAGGCAUCACGUUGGUCGCUGGGAGUGGGGAGGGAGUUUUGUUUCUAAACUAUGCACUAUCAGGUAUCUUUCAGCAUUCGUUUAUGCAUUAAUAUGGUUCUAUAGGACCCUAGCUAUGGGAAUACAAAAUUCUUCUCCCCCCAGACUCCUGGAUCUCCAGCUUCCCAGUUAGUUUCCUCCAUAGGCUUCUACAAGCUCGAUGUCCCAAGAUUGGAAAAAUCUAGUAUGCCCUCCAGAAACAGAAGGGUAGCAAAUUUAGGCUUUCUUCUAAAUCACUUGUGUAAUAUGAGUGCCUUCGCAGCUUCGCCCCAAAGUGCUACUUAUGUUUCCCAAGGUUUUUUCUAUUUAAACCGUAUUUAGUUUCAGGCCCUGUUAUGGACAUGCGGUAACAGAAACCUCCUUCAUCUAGAGUGACUCUCCUCUUCUAAGCUCAUGGAGACCAGACCAGGUGAAUGAAGGUGGAGAAAAUCAAGAUGGCACCUCUCUAUAUUAAUCUCACCAGAGACCGUAUUUUAGAAGGGUUCAUGCUCCAGGAUGGAUUUAUAUUUAGAAUGCAACGUGCAAGUUAAAAUGUUUGGAGGGCAGAUGAAGUUGUGGCAAGUGACCUGCCAAUAAAGUGGGUGCAGCCAUAGAAGCUGGCAGAGGUCUAUCCUUUAUGGUGCUUUCUCCCUGUGAACACAUGAGGCUCGUCUUUUGUAUUUUCUUUUUCUUUUUUACUCUAUUUAGAGCUCUUUGCUUUAAGAAGUUAAAUGACAAACAGCUCCAGCUUUGUAAUAUCCUCCCCAUACCAUCUCACAUAUCCAUCUCCCAGCCUCCAUCUACACUCAGCUAAGGGCAUGAAACUAACCUAGUGCCUGUGUCCCAGACCAUUUCUGAGGUCUCUUACCCACCCAAGGAGACAGGGCUUCAGCACUGUCCUCCAUGCCUUCAGCAGCCCCCCUCACAGCUAAGGUACACCCAUCCCUUCUGCCACCCCACCUCCACCCCUGACACAGAGGUCGUGUGCUGCUUAUGUCUAAAGGGAUCCCCUAUAUUAAACUGCCUCAAUGACCUAACCUCUUUCUUAUGUGCCAGAUGUUAAGAUGAAGGAGGAAUACAACACAUACUCAAGCCUCAGCUGUUUAAAUAUGUUUUCUCUGGGGCUCGCUUUUCUCGGACGGCAUUUAUUACCAGACUGGCAAGCCUAACUCUUUAGGUUUACAAAGAGUAUGCAUAUUUUUAUAAAACAGUUGUAUGUCCUCCCCAUAUUUUGCUGUGUUAAUAUUUGCCUCUAACUAACAAUUUGCAGCUGUUUCACCUUUUCCUCAUUUGUCUCUAAGUUGAAGGCCUUGUUGGAGGGGACAGCACAGGAACAGCCUUGACAGUCUGUAAUUAGUGUACAAAUAUUUUAAUAGCAUAUAAAUAAGUAUAUUCCUUUUAUUUUGAAAAAAAUGAUCAGACACUGCCUUUUGUGUGUUUGCUGCCUGUGGCACCCUUUUUUAAAGACUGUUACAUAUUAAAAUAGUGUACAUAUAUAUAAAUAUUACCUCUUUUGCUGUACAGUUGUGAUAGACCAGACUGAAGAUUUUAUUUUUUGUGUGCUUUUUAUAAAAAAAAAUUAAUACACUAAAGAAAAUCUUGCUGAUGUGAUUGUAAUGUACCUAUGUAACUUAUUUACUUUUGAAUGUUCUUCUGUAUCUUUAAACCUUUUAUUAAAUAAGGUUUUAAAAAUUCA